UAAUGGGCCGUUUUCAGGCAGCUGGUCGCUUUCCACCGACGAUCUCCUUCUCCGAUCAAACAAGGAUGAAUGAUGGAGUAUUAGUUGUUUCUUGGAUUUCACUCUCCUUCCUUCUCACUCUUACCCCCAAUCCGAAAUCAAAUUCGCCUUUUAUUAUUUCUCAUCUUUCACUCUCUCCAACAAAACCCCUCUCCCCCUUGCUGGUAAGUGUGUUACCGUGUCUGUGUUUUAUCUCCAUUCCCAUUUCUUGAUUGACUAGAAAAGCUCAAAUGAUGGAAAGAGAAUCCUCAGACGAAGAGGAGGACCGGGAGAAUCUGAUUUCCCAAAAUGCCAGGUCUAACGACGUCGUGAAGUCCCCCAAUCACCGUCACCGCUCCGCUUUCCAUAUUGACGAUGAUUUCAGGAGCCGAUUUUCGGGUGUCACUCGAAGAUUCCAUAAGAGGUAUCUUAUGGCGAUAUUUCUGCCCAUGCUCAUUUUAAUACUCUAUUUUACCACCGAUUUUAGAAGCUUGUUCCAGAUGCGCAUUCCGACGAUAAAAAAUAUCGGGGGUAAUAAUCCUCCUAUUGAUCGAAUGCGUGAGUCGGAAUUGCGGGCCUUGUAUUUGCUUAGGCAGCAGGAACUUGAGCUGUUUAAGAUGUGGAAUUAUACCACAUUGGUGAAUAAAUCGAAUUUUAGCUUGGUAAAUAAUAGCAAUUUAGUAAAUUUGACUUCUGCCAAUAAUAAUGGGGUGGAUAUGCUUUCGUCUUCAAUGUUGGAAGACCUAAAAUCGCGGGUUUUUAGCCAGAUUUCCUUGAAUAAGCAAAUUCAAGGGGUUCUAUUGUCGUCGCAUGAAAAUGGAGGUUCUCUGGAAUUGAAUGAGAAUUACACGGAUGCGAGUUUUUCUGGUUGGAAUGGAUGCCGGAAGGUGGACCAGAGGUUGUCAGAGAGGAGAACGAUGGAGUGGAAACCUAGAUCAGACAAGUAUUUAUUUGCAAUUUGUGUUUCGGGACAAAUGUCGAAUCAUUUGAUUUGUCUGGAGAAGCAUAUGUUUUUUGCGGCUUUGUUUAAUCGGAUUUUGGUGAUACCGAGUUCAAAGGUGGAUUAUGAGUUCCAUCGGGUGUUGGAUAUUGAGCACAUUAAUAAGUGCUUGGGGAGGAAAGUUGUGGCGACAUUUGAGGAGUUUGCUGAGAGUAAGAAGAAACAUUUGCACAUCGACAAACUUAUGUGUUAUUUCUCAUCACCCCAGCCAUGUUAUAUGGAUGAUGAGCGUGUGAAAAAGUUGAAGGGGUUGGGGCUCUCUUUGGGUAAAAUGGAGGCUGUCUGGAACGAGGAUGUCAAGAAGCCAAACCAACGGACAGUCCCGGAUGUGUUAGCAAAGUUUUCUUCAGAUGAUAAUGUCAUUGCAAUUGGAGAUGUAUUCUUUGCUGAUGUGGAGAGAGAGUGGGUGAUGCAGCCAGGAGGUCCUAUUGCCCACAAAUGUAAGACACUAAUUGAGCCAAGUCGGCUUAUAUUGCUCACUGCUCAACGUUUUAUACAGACUUUCUUGGGAAAGGACUUUAUAGCUCUUCAUUUCCGACGCCACGGUUUCUUGAAAUUCUGUAAUGCCAAGCAACCAAGUUGCUUUUACCCUGUUCCUCAAGCUGCUGAGUGCAUCAAUCGAGUGCUGGAAAGAGCUAAUACUCCAGUAAUAUAUCUCUCUACUGAUGCUGCAGAAAGUGAAACUGGUUUACUGCAGUCACUUCUGGUCUGGAAUGGGAAGACUGUACCUCUUGUUCGAAGACCGGCUCGUAAUUUUGCUGAAAAGUGGGAUGCUUUAUUAUACAGACAUGGACUUGACGGAGAUUCUCAGGUUGAAGCAAUGCUGGAUAAGACUGUUUGUGCUAUGUCUUCUGUGUUUAUUGGAUCUUCUGGAUCUACUUUCACAGAGGAUAUUUUGCGGCUGCGUAAGGACUGGGGAUCUGCAUCACUCUGUGAUGAAUACUUGUGCCAGGGCGAACUGCCAAAUUUUACUGCAGAAGAUGAGUGAGUUAGGAUUUUAUAGGACCUGUGCCCUUGGAUUUCUUUGCUCCUUAAACUACUCAACUCUUUCGUGCUUCAAUCAUGCUGACAAGGAUAACUGAAGGAGCUGAAACUGGUUGUGAUCUGUCCUGGAUUUUGCGACAUAGACAGCCAAAUCACUUAUGUAAAUGGGAUUUUACCUGAUCUUUCUUGAUCUAUGUGAUGUAUCAUAAGAGCUUCAGCAUGUAAUGCUAUUUGUUUUGUUGUAUGUAAUUCCCUCUCAAACUUGUUUAGUUGUAUCUUGUUGUUGCAUGUGGUUCUUUUGAUAGUAGACUAUCGCAACCUAUGUACAUCACAGAUGAUCAGCGACAUAUUGUUGUAUUCUGAGAGCCAUCCAUUGAUAGAUAUCUUGCCAACUUCAUGAUUUAUUACAUUCAAGUCAU